CUAUACUAUAUAUGAUACUAACCCUAUGGAUAGCUAUUCAAUAACCAAACCGGUCGGUGGGGUAGCCGUAGUAGACAUACCGAGUAAUAGUAGUAGUGGUGGUGGAAGUAGUCCUACAACAACGGCAGCGGUCAUCAACUAUUCGCCGUCGGCGGCGGUGGCGGCGAUGGCAUCGACACCGCCCGAACCCAACAUUAUAAUCGAUAUGACUGACCAAUGGUAUACAGCAUCGGCGGCUACCGGUGCCACGGGUCUGAAAGUACAGAGGCGUACAUUCUGGCGCAAUACUAUCGGUACAGUACUCGUGCCGUUCGUAUUUUUCGGUGCACCCGUACUCAGUACUGUCUACGACACCGGGUCCCGAUUUCCGGUCAACACGACAGCCCUGUGGCUUAGAUAUCUGUUUAAAAUGCAUCCACUAUUACCGCUCAAUAUCAUACUAUUGUUGGGAACGGUAGCCCUGAACAGUUGGAUACUGUACAAAAUUUUCGAUGUAUUAAUCAGAUUGUUGUUCAUCGGGGAACUACAUAUCUACUAUAUUGAUGUAGUAAUCGAUAUGAUUGAUUGGCUACCCAUUGUUGUAGCCAUCGAUAUGUUUUGGUUGAAAGGUUAUGUCGUGCGGCAAGUGGUCAUCAAAUUGGACACAGUUGUCAUUACACACUUUAGCCAAUCGGUACCGCCGGCUACGGUUAUCAUGAAAGUAUCAGUACUGGUACUACUGGUAAUUGUAUGUCAUUGUAUAUCGUUUUCUACAUUGCAAUGGAAAAUCGAUAAGGGUGUUACCUGGCUAACCACCCAGAGCUAUCUGUACGAUCUGGCCCAUGGAUGUGUCAGCUGGUUUCUGAUGCCCGUCUAUAUUGUAUUUACAAUGGGAAUUCAACUAAAAUACCGACAAAUCAAUGACUAUCUGAACCAUUUGACCCGUAUAUCGGAACGUCCGGAACAGUUUCAUAUGAAACAAAUAAAAUUUCUAUUCAAAACCAGUGCUACGCUAAUCAAACGUAUGAACUAUACGUUCAAUCAGUUGAUGUCAUUAUUUUUUUCGUUACUAAUGUUGGAGAUGACCAUUGAUUUUGGUUAUACAAUGUUUACGCUGUAUUUGUUUGUAUAUAAAUUAAACAAAAUAGAGGAUCCAGGUGCUCAAUUGGAGUUUAGCAAAGGUCUGGUCCGAGUACUCAGUGCUGACCUACUAGUCCAGGGUAUACGACUGGGACUGAUAGCCGUGACCGGCCUGAGUAUGGUUCGGGUAAACUACGAGUCGCGUUCAGUACCCGUACACUUCUAUGACUGGAUGUCUCAGUUUACGCAUACAGUUUCGCCGCAAAUCUAUCAAUCGUUUCGAUUGCUCCGGUAUUAUAUGAUAUCGAAAAUCGAAAACAUCGACAGUCCGGCACUAUUGGUGAUAACGUUCCUUAAAAAUACACCAUUUAUUGGUCAGAAAAUUACACCCAGAAAUCAUAAUUAUUAUUAA